AUGGGGACAGAACAAACCUUCAUCUACAUACCACAACGGUGCCAACCUGUUGGCACCAGCCCUAAAUAUAGCAGUUGGCAAAUGACAGAGCUGUUAGUCAAGCAGUAUCCGCCUUUGUUCCAUGAAUCUACCAACAUCCCAUCAUUUGUCCAAGGAUUGACGAUGAUGAGCGGCUUGCAACAUCUAUGA